CGUUGGCAUAACGUCCUUCUGCAAAUAAUCUCACAUCCGUAUCAAAGCGUCCUCUUGGCCGGUCCUUUGUGUACAUCUUCUAUUUCCACUGGCACCGGCACUUGACAGUACUGGUGGACACUCGCAGCACUAGCCAACACGUCUGCUACAUCACGAUGCCACACUCAGCACCCGAAGUCGUUCUCUCUGCGGAGAGUGGGUAUGCUUUGCGCAGGAAAGAGCUUCUAGCACUGGUGAAGAAACUGCGCGCAACGGGUGCGCAGGCUGAUCUGGAUCUUCCGCGAGUAGCCGUCAUUGGGAACCAGAGUGCAGGAAAGUCAAGUCUCGUGGAGGCCAUCUCUGGAAUUACUGUGCCCCGUGAUGCAGGAACAUGUACUCGCUGUCCCAUGGAAUGUCGUCUGUCCUCCUCGUCCGAUCCAUGGCGCUGCCAAGUGUCCAUCCGAUGGGAAUUCGACUCGAAUGGCAAACGGCGCCACGAGGUCCAGGAAGUCACGUUCGGCGGGGUUAUCACGAACAAGGCUGAGGUUGAGCUCAUGCUGCGCCGUGCUCAAGCGGCUGUAUUGAGCCCAGAUAUCUCGGCUGCGAAAUUCGUGACCAUGAGUGCCGAUAGUUUGAGUGAAACUGGUGCACUCGAGAAGAAACGCCUGCCGUUCUCGAGGAACGUCGUUUGUAUCGACCUAGCAGGACCUGAUCUUACUGAUCUUUCUUUUGUGGAUCUUCCUGGUAUCAUCCAAAAUGCCGACCCUGAGAUCGUGCAACUUGUGGAGAAUCUGGUCAUGUCGCACAUCAAAGGCAACUGUCUCAUUCUCGUAACAUGCCCUAUGAGCGACGACAUUGACAACCAGAAAGCACUGCGUCUGGCGAGAGAUGUAGACCCGUCCGGCCUGCGAACAAUAGGUGUCCUCACGAAGCCCGACACCCUCACCGCAGGUGCCAUCAAGCAACAAGAACACUGGCUCGACGUACUCGAAGGUCGCAACGCACAGCAUCGGCUCACCCACGGCUAUUUCUGCACACGUCAACCCGACGACGCUGAACGUCGCGAGGGCAUCACCACUGCGAAGGCACGCACUGCUGAAGCCACAUUCUUUACGAAGACCUCGCCAUGGUCGAGAUCUAGCCAUCAACACCGAUUCGGCACGGCUAAUCUAGUCAAGACGCUGAGCGCACUGCUCACGCACAUCAUCGACGACUCCAUCCCGAAACUCCAGAAAGAGGUCGUCCACCAACUGACGACAUGUCACUCCGAGCUCGACGCGCUCCCGCCCGCAAUCACGUCCGACCCCGCCUCGUUCGUCCUCAGCCUCAUCACGGGUUUCUGCGGCACCGUGCACGCGCACGUCCAGGGCGGCCCGGGAACGGAGCAGUUCGUGCAGAAGAACCGCCUCUCGUACGCUGCAUUCAAGCGUGACAUCCGCGGGACCGCCCCCGCGUUCCUCCCCUUCCCCUCCGCCUCGGAGGCCCCCUUGCAUGCUCAAGCGUACCUAGGGAUUGACCUCGACGACGAUGAUGAGUUCCAGCCGCUUGAAGAGCCCUCCGCUGCCCACGCGCCCCCGAAGGCGAUGUACCUGCGGGACGUCAAGCGAUACAUCGCCAGUGCUGUGACGCGCGAGUUGCCGAACAACGUCCCGUAUCCGGCGAAGGUUGCUCUGAUCAAGGACUUCCAGAGCGGGUGGGGGCAACUCUGCCAGCAUGUCUUCAAUCAAGUCGGAAGGGACUUCCACGACGUCUUGGCCGAGCUCAUGCGGCAUAAGUUCCAACGAUACAAUCUCUUACACUCGCGAGUCAAUGCCGCAUUGCAGGAGCUACUGAAGAUCUGUAGGGACGCCACAGUCAUCCACCUUCAAAAUCUCCUGAAGCUCGAGUCGACGCCAUUCACGCAGAACGGCCACUACCUCUCCGAGAAGACCUCCAAGACCCUCGCACGGUUCAAGGACGCGCGGUCGGGGAAGGACACGAUGAUCGACGAGAUCCGACACUUCCAGGCUCGCAAGCAGACGGGCGCCCCAAGCAAACGGCCACAGGCGAAUCAAAGCCAGGGUGAUCGCCCCGCUGCUGCACACGCGUUUGAUUUCAGCGCGCUAUCGUCAACGAAGUCGACAUUCGCGUUUGGAAAGUCGGCAUUCUCCGCGCCCAGUUAUACCCCGGGGCUCCCGACCACUACGGCCCCUGCAUCAUCUCCUCCGAAGCCGAAGGCGUCACCCACAACACCAGCGCCCGCCUCCAGCUCGUCAGUAUCACCAGCGAUCCCUAAAGCUCCGGCACCGCAAGCACAGGCAGAACAAAGUUCCUCGUGGGUCGCUGGCCUAGAGGAGCGCGAGCAGCUUGAAACAGACGCACUGGCGCUCUUAACGAAGCUGGGCUACAAAAGCCUGAAGGUUGAGGAUCUGGGGAAGCUAAACCCACCAGAUGAGUUUGAAGAGGAGAUGCAGGUUAUGGCCGAAGUACGGGCGUACUUCCAUGUCGCGUACAAGCGCAUCAUCGACUACGUUCCGCUCUCCGUCGACCACUUGUUUCUCUUUGGCUUGAGCGAACGGCUUCAAGACACCUUGAUCGAGAAGCUCGGGCUUGGAUCGGCCAAGUCGACGGAACGCUGCGCGGCAUAUCUGUCUGAGGACGCGAGUGUGGUCGCCGCUCGCACCGAGCUGUUGGGUAAGAGGGAAAGGUUGGAGAGCGUCCAGAAGGAGCUCGACAAUUUCAUGUAUGCCUGAUUUUUACAUGUGUGCUUGGAUCGAUCUGUAGUCUCGUUUUGUAUGCACGUUAAAAUUAUGUUGGCUGUUGGAACCUGGAGAUACAUACUACUUGUAUAUCGCAGUGACGGUCUGUAGAACUCGGUAACUGCAAGUGCAUGGAAGAUAUACGGUGCCAAUCUCAGGCCCCCGCCUCCGAGUCGAUCUGGUGGCAUCUGCCCCGAUUGGAUCUGAACGUUGCAACGAAGUUAAUCGCUCAGCGCGGCUUGGUAAUCGUCUUGACCGUUGACC